AUGGCGCCUUGCUAUAUCCUUCUACUUCUUCUGGCAAUAUUAUUGUCUACUUAUCCCGCUCUCUUCUGUACCGCCACCCCCGAAAACGACGACUUCAUCAGGACGUCGUGUGGGGCGACCAGGUACCCGGAACUCUGCUACUCCACGCUGUCACCCUACGCCGCCGACGUAGGGAACAGCUUCCCUCAGCUGGUGACCGCGGCGCUGCGCGUCACCCUAGACGGCGCCGUUUCGACGUGCGGCGCAGUCCGGAGCCUGGCUCGGGCGGCGCCGAGGCGGAUGAAGGGCAGCGAGCUGGCGGCGGGGGCGGUGAGCGACUGCGUGGGGAACAUGAAGGACUCCGUGGACCAGCUGAAGGACUCGAUGGCGGCGAUGAAAGGGCUGGAUCACGGUCCGGAUUUCGCGAUGGAGCUCGGGAACAUGCAGACGUGGGUCAGCGCGGCGUUGACCGACGAGGACACGUGCGUGGAUGGGCUGGAAGGGAGCGCGAUGAACGGGAAGGUUAGGGACGAGAUACGGCGCCGUGUUGUUUGGGUUGCCCAGCUCACUAGUAAUUCUCUCGCGCUUAUUAAUCGUCUGUAG